AUGGGCGCCUGGCUGAGCAAGCAGCAGGCUUCUCCGGCUCCGGCGAGCUCGCCGCCGCCGUGCUGGUCGGGGCUCCCGCCGGAGCUCGCGGACAUCGUCCUGCGCCGCCUGCCCUCCCUCGCCGACCGCGCUCGCUUCGCCUCCGCCUGCCGCCACUGGCGCCACGUCGCGACGCAGUACUCGCCGUCGCCGCCCGGCCUGCCUCCGGCGCUCCCGUGGCUCAACUUCCACGACGGCUCCUUCCGGAGCCUCCCGGACGGCGAGCCGCACUCCUUCCCCCUCGGCGAGGACACGCUGUGCGGCGGCUCCUCCGGCUGCGGCGGCUGGGUCCUGCUCCGGCGACCGUGGUCGUCCAGCCCCAGCCGCCGCCACUUCCUGCAGAACCCGCUGCUCGGAACCACCUUGUGGUUCCCCGGCCAAUGCAGGGAGCCCGUCGACCUCAACUCCUACGGCUCGCGGCGCCCUGUCUCCACCUCCACCAGGUUCUUCAUCAGCAAGGUCAUCGUGUGCUCCGAAGACCUCAUCGCCGCCACGGUGAACUACCACAUCACCGGCCCGUGCGCCGUCGUGUGCUGCCGCCCGGUCAUGUCCUCGUGGUCGGCAGGCCUGCGCGACGGCCGCCGGUACAAAGACAUGGCCUUGUACAAGGGGAAGCUCCACACCGUCACCGACGAUGGCAGCCUCUUCGCGCACGAGGUCACCGAGGACACCAGCAAUGGCGAGGGCGAGCCGAGGGUUUCCCGGAUCGAGCAGGUGAUCAAGCCGCCAGGUUUCCGGUUGGAGCACGUAAUGCUGGAUGAACCUUACUUCACUCUGGACUGCGUCAAAACAUGCUACCUCGUCAUCUCCCGUGAUCACAAGCUGCUGAUGGUACUACGAUGGAUCGUCGUUCCUUGUCGCGAUUGUUACCGUCCUGAGCAGGGCUGCACACCACACAUGACACUGAAGGUGUUCGAGGCAGACUUGGAGAUGCGCCGGUGGGUAGAAGUGAAGAGCUUGGGGGAUCAAGUGCUCUUCGUCAGCCCGUACUCCUCCAAGGCCAUUAGUAGUGACGACUGUGGCUAUUUGCGAGGGAACCAGAUCUACUUCAUCGAUGACAGUCUUAUUACGGUGUGGCGCCUCUGGCCAAGUAGCAAACCGCGUACCAGUGGUGUGUAUGAUAUGAGCAGCGGCACAAUGCGUUCCAUUUCGUUGGGUGGCUUGGUGACCAAUGAUCAAGCCAAGGGGUCAUGGUUCUUCCCAUGCUGA